GUGUGUGCAUUUCUUUUUAGGAAACCCCAAAGGAGCGAUGCUUACUCACGCAAACAUUGUAUCCAAUGCAGCUGCUUUUAUCAAAAUAACAAAGACGUCCUACUGUAUAAGCUCCAGUGACACUCAUGUGUCCUAUUUACCUCUUGCACAUAUGUUUGAGCGGUUAGUACAGGUUCUACUUUUGUGCCAUGGAGCCCGGAUAGGAUUUUUUCAAGGUGACAUCAGACUUCUCAUGGAUGACCUAAAGACGUUACAGCCCACCAUAUUUCCUGUAGUGCCCCGUCUGCUCAACAGAAUGUUUGACAGGAUAUUUGGACAAGCCAACACCCCUUUGAAAAGGUGGCUGCUGGACUUUGCGACUAAGAGGAAGGAAGCAGAGCUGAAAAGUGGAAUUGUGAGGAAUGACAGCGUGUGGGACAAGCUCAUCUUCCGCAAAGUACAGGCUAGCCUGGGUGGUAAAGUACAGCUCAUGAUAACCGGAGCGGCUCCCGUCUCUCCAACAGUUCUGAGUUUCCUCAGGGCUGCCCUGGGCUGCCAGUUUUAUGAAGGCUACGGGCAGACUGAAUGCACAGCUGGGUGUUCGAUGACAUUGCCUGGAGACUGGACAGCAGGUCAUGUUGGACCACCAUUGCCAUGUUGUACUGUCAAGCUGGUUGAUGUGACGGAAAUGAAUUACUUUGCUUCUAAAGGGGAGGGAGAGGUUUGUGUGAAAGGGGCAAAUGUAUUUAAAGGCUACCUGAGGGACCCUGAAAAAACGACCGAAGCUCUUGAUGAAGAUGGUUGGCUGCACACAGGAGACAUUGGGAAAUGGUUACCGAAUGGCACUCUGAAGAUCAUUGACAGAAAGAAGCAUAUCUUCAAACUGGCCCAGGGAGAAUACAUUGCACCAGAGAAAAUUGAAAACAUUUACAUUCGGAGUGAUCCUGUCGCUCAGGUGUUUGUCCAUGGAGACAGUCUGCAGGCAUGCCUUGUGGCAAUCACAGUGCCAGAUCCUGAGGUUUUGCCCAGCUGGGCUAAGAAGAGAGGGCAUGAAGGCUCAUUUAAAGAGCUGUGUAAUAACAAG